UAAAUAUGACCCCUCUCUGCCUCAUGGAAAUACCAAGAAUAUUGGAAAUCUUCUCUCAAAUUCUUUCACAGAAAGCCUCAAUUUUUUCUUUUCCAGGUUGCAAGGAAAGCCUCGACUCAAAUCAAUGGCAGAGAGAAGCAAGAUUUUGAUCAUUGGAGGGACUGGUUAUAUCGGGAAACACAUAAUUGAAGCAAGCCGGAAAGCAGGACAUCCAACCUUCGCUCUGAUCAGAGCAAGCACAGUCUUUGAUCCUGAGAAAGGAAAACAAAUUGAGAGCUUCAAGAACUCCGGCAUUAAAAUUCUACUGGGAGAUAUUUACAACCAUGAAAGCUUGGUAAAGGCAAUCAAGCAAGUUGAUGUUGUGAUAUCUACCGUGGGAAUAGACCAGAUUGCCGACCAGGUGAAGAUCAUUGCAGCCAUUAAAGAAGCUGGAACCGUGAAGAGAUUCUUCCCUUCAGAGUUUGGAAAUGACUCAGACUGUUGCGAUGAAGCAGUGGAUCCAGCAGCAACAUGUUUCAGGGGGAAGUCUCAGAUCCGUCGAGCUGUUGAAGCUGAAGGGAUCCCAUCCACUUAUGUCUGCUCUUACCGCUUUGCCGGGUACUUCCUGUAUAACUUGGGACAGAUGCCUGCCACAGCUCCUCCAACAGACAAAGUAAGGAUCAUAGGGGAUGGAAUUCCUAAAGCAAUUGUUGUAAAGGAGGAAGACAUUGCCAGUUACACCAUCAAAGCAGUGGAUGACCCAAGAACCUUGAACAAGAUCCUCUACAUUAAACCACCAGCCAACAUUUACUCUUUUAAUGAUAUUGUUUCCAUGUGGGAGAAGAAGUUUGGAAAGUCCCUAGAAAAGAUUUACAUUCCAGAGGAGCAGCUUCUCAAGAAAAUCCAAGAGUCUCAGUAUCCAUUUAAUCUCUUCUUGUCAAUUGACCAUUCGGUUUUCAUCAAGGGAGACAACAAUAAAUAUGAGAUUGAUCCUGCUACUGGAGUGGAGGCUUCUGAGCUAUAUCCAGAUGUGAAAUACACAACUGUGGAUGAAUACCUUAAUCAGUUUGUCUGAAGAUUGAAGAAAUUUUUUGCUUGUA